AUGCCGGAACCUAUUGCAGUCAUCGGCUCCGGGUGCCGUUUCCCCGGCGGCGCCGACACGCCUUCGAAGCUGUGGUCAGUCAUUCACCACCCGGAAGACCUGAGCCGCAAGCCUUCGCGGUUCAACAUCGAUCCAUUUUACCACCCCGUCGGCACCCACCAUGGCACUACCAACGCCACCAAGUCAUACUGGCUCGAAGAUGACGGCCGAAGCAACGUAACCAAGUUUGAUGCCGGCUUCUUCAACAUCCAACCGGGCGAGGUCGACGCCAUGGACCCGCAGCAACGGUUGCUCCUCGAGGUGGUGUACGAUGCCCUCUGCGCCGGAGGCCAGCCGAUGGAGCAGCUCCGUGGCUCCGACACGGCCGUCUACGUGGGGAUGAUGUGCGACGAUUACAACACAAUGCUGGUCCGCGACUGGGAAUCCCUGCCGCGGUAUGCGGCCACCGGCUUGGAGAGAGCAGUCGUCUCUAAUCGUGUGUCGUACUUCUUUGACUGGCACGGGCCCAGCAUGACCAUCGAUACGGCGUGCUCCAGUAGUAUGGUGGCGCUGGAUAUGGCCGUGCAGGCGCUGAGAAGUGGCAAGUCCACGGCGGCGGUGGCAGCGGGAACGAGUUUGAUCCUGAGUCCGGCCAUGUACAUCUCCGAGAGCAAUCUCGGUAUGCUGUCCCCAACAGGUCGCUGCGCCAUGUGGGACGUGGCCGCAGAUGGGUAUUCCCGCGGUGAAGGGGUUGCGGCCGUCAUCCUCAAAACUCUCUCUCAAGCCCUAGCAGACAACGACCCGAUCGACUGCAUCAUCCGCGAGACCGCUGUGAACCAGGAUGGCCGUACCCCGGGCUUGACCAUGCCUAGCAAUACAGCGCAGGCGGCUUUGAUCCAUGAGUGCUACACCCGCGCGGGGCUGGACCCCGUGAACAGGUUGGAAGACCGCCCGCAGUUCUUCCAUGCCCACGGCACGGGCACGCAGGCCGGGGAUCCUCAAGAGGCCGAGGCCAUCGCAACCUCUCUGUUCCCUGUCGGCUCGGCUGCCGCCGAACACCAGAAUAAGCUCAUCGUCGGCUCCAUCAAGACUGUUAUUGGCCAUACCGAAGGGACAGCGGGGCUGGCAAGCCUCAUCGGCACAUCUCAGUCCCUCCGGCAUGGCAUCAUCCCGCCCAACCUGCACUUCCACCAGCUGAAUCCCAAGGUUGCGCCUUUCUUUGACAACUUGCACAUCCCCACUGCUCCGAUGCCAUGGGUAGUCCCCGAGGGACAGAUUAGGCGAGCAAGCGUGAACAGCUUUGGCUUUGGUGGCACCAACGCUCACUGUAUCCUGGAGGAAUAUGCGGCGGCACCGACGCCCAAAGCCCUCAACACCAAGACGUCUUCGAGCCUACAAUUCACGCCUCUGACCUUCUCGGCGGCUUCCGAGACGGCUCUCAAGGCCAGCCUGUCUCAAUAUCUUGACUACCUCAAGGAGAACCCCUCUGUGGACUUGGCAGACCUCGCGUAUACGCUGCAGCACCGGCGAUCUACCCUGCAUUACCGCAAAGCCAUACCGGCACCGACCGCAGAAGAUGCCAUCCAGGCUCUCCACGCCCUUGUCAACCCCUCUUCUGACAGCAAGGACACCACAGACCUCGGCACCCGGUUCGGCACCCUCCCCCAGCCCGCCAAGAUCCUGGGAAUCUUCACCGGACAGGGUGCGCAAUGGCCUCGCAUGGGGGCCCAGCUCAUCGAGAGCUCCCCCCUCGCCGCAGCGCGCAUCAACGACCUCGACGCGUCCCUCCAGCGCCUCCCCAACCCCUCCGACCGGCCACCCUGGACCCUCAAAGACCAGCUCCUCGCGGGCAAGGACACGUCCCGCAUCGCCGAAGCCGCCCUGUCCCAGCCCCUGUGCACCGCCGUGCAGGUCAUCCUAGUCGACAUCCUACGCGCCGCGGGUAUCACCUUCGCCGCCGUAGUCGGCCACUCAUCCGGCGAGAUCGGCGCCGCCUACGCGGCCGGCCUCGUUACCGCCGACGACGCCAUCCGCAUCGCCUACUUCCGCGGAGUGCACGCCAAGCUGGCGGCCAGCCCCGACACGUCGUCUGCUCCGCGCGGCGCCAUGCUGGCCGUCGGGGCCUCCCUCGACGAGGCGCGCGCCCUGUGCGAGGAUAUGUUUAGUGGUAGAUUGCAGGUCGCCGCGGUGAACUCGGCUUCUAGUGUUACCCUGAGCGGGGAUGAGGAUGCGGUGGAUGAGGCGGAGACGCUGCUGAAGGCGCAGAGCAUGUUUGCCAGGAAGCUCAAGGUCGAUACCGCGUACCACAGCGCGCAUAUGGCAACCUGCGCCGGCCCGUAUCUCGCCUCGUUGGAGGAGAGCGGCGUCGGAGCCAAAGCGCAGGGUGAGCAGGAUGCCGGCACGGUGUGGUAUUCGAGCGUGGUCGAGGGUCAACCCAUGACUCGGGACAUGUUGGCAAACCAGUACUGGGUGGACAACAUGUGCAAUGCCGUCUUGUUUGCGGGAGCACUCGCUAGUGCGCUCGAGGGGUCUGGCCCGUUCGACUUGGCCGUCGAAGUUGGCCCCCAUCCCGCCCUCAAGGGUCCUGCCACGUCCACCAUCGGCGACUUACCAUACACUGGGGUCCUCUCUCGGGGUCUGGAAGAUGUCGUGCAGCUCAGUGCCGCAUUUGGCUUUGUGUGGACAAGGCUUGGAUUCGGCAGUGUUCGCUUUUCUGACGUACAGACACUGCUGUCUGGCAACGCCGAGAAGAAGAACGUGGUACUUACCGACCUUCCCGCGUAUCCUUACGACCGCCAGCGCACGUACUGGGCGGGCAGCCGAGUGUCGAACCACUUCCAGCACCGGAGCGCCCUUCACGCCCCCAAUCCCGUCCUGGGCUCGCCCUGCACCGAAGCGACCACGCCCGGCGAGUUCCAGUGGCGGAACAUGCUCUGUCCGAACGAGAUGGCCUGGCUCAAGGGCCACAUGCUCCAGGGACAAACGGUAUUCCCGGCUACAGGCUAUGUUAGCAUGGCCAUCGAAGCCGUCAAGGCCGUCGCCCUCGAAAUCUCCGAGGACGCAGUCAUCAGCGUGUUCAAGGUCACGGAUGUCGACAUCCCCCGUGCCAUCGCCUUCGACAGCGACGACGCCAAAGUUGAGACUGUUUUCAGCAUCUCGUCGGUCGACAGGGCGUCCGAACAAGGCGCCAUUACCGCUGAGUGGACCUGCUAUAUGGUUAACGAUAACAAAGAUGGAAAUCUCGUUCUCAACUCAAAGGGCCGCGUAACGGUUGUGCUUGCUCCCCGCUCAUCUGACACUCUCCCCGUCGCCAAGGCGGAUCCUUUCAACCUGGUCGCCGUGGGAGAGGAGCAGUUCUACGCCAACCUCGAGUCGAUCGGGUACGGUUAUAGCACGCCGUUCAGGGGCGUUUCCGAUAUUCGCCGCAAACCCGGUUACAGUAUCGGUACGCUCCAUGACCAAUCCGGAACCAUUUGGGAAGACAGCUUGGUUGUUCAUCCCGGCAUGCUGGACUCGGCGCUACAGACCGUCUUUGCAUCGUGGUCGUACCCCAAGGAUACUCAGCUUUGGUCACUCCACGUCCCUGUUUCCAUUUCUUCGGUUACCAUCAACGCCUACUUCACCCCUCUCGGCGAAGGUGGGAAGCAGAGCACGAUGCGGUUCGAAACACUUUUGCGGGAGAGACAGCACUCCCGAGUCACGGGUGACGUCUACUUGAAUACCGCCGUUGACGACAACGCUCGUGCUAUUGUUCAGCUUGAGGGUAUCACACUUGUUCCCUUCUCGCCGGCCACCUCGAAGCUCGACCUCCCCAUGUUUUCUCAGUUCCAGCACAAGGUCAUCUCGCCGGACGGAGAACUAGCUGCGGCAGGACAGCGGCUUUCAGAUUACCAUGUCAAGCUAUACAAGGAUAUUGAGCGUGUUUCGUAUUGGUUUGCGCGUAAUGCGUCGCUCUCCAUCCCCCUCCACGAGCGUCAAGGCUUGCUUCGCCACUUCCAGCAAUAUCUCGGCUGGUGCGAUCGCAUGGUCGAGAUGGCGACCCGCGGGAUACAUCCCAAGGUAUCGGCCGACUGCAACAACGACUCCCGGGAGGAUAUCGCCCGCAUCCUGGUCCCAUACAAGGACCGCAAAGACGUCCGGUUUGUCGAAGUCGUCGGUGACAAUCUUGUUCCCGUCAUUCGUGAAGGCAGCUCGAUGCUCGAGCACAUGAAUCAGGACGGCCUACUGCGCGCCUUUUACGAGGAGGACGCUCUCUGCGGCGGUCCGAGCAACCGUUGGCUGUCUCGCCUGGUGGCUCAGAUCGGCCACCGCUAUCCUGGACUCAACAUCUUUGAGAUUGGAGCCGGCACAGGCGCAACGACGGCUUCUGUCCUACGCGCUCUGGGUGGGUCGUAUUCCUCGUACACCUUCACCGACAUCUCGAGCGGCUUCUUCAUGGCGGCCGAGGAACGCUUCGCCGACCAGGCCGGCCGCAUGUCCUUCAAGACGUUCGAUAUGGAGAAAGACCCGUCGGGUCAAAGAUUUACAGCCGGCACGUACGACGUCGUCGUGGCCGUCAAUGUGUUGCACGUCUCAGCCGACAUGGAAGCCUCCCUGGCCAACGUCCGUCGCCUCCUGAAGCCCGGCGGCUACCUGCUCACCGGUGAGCUCACUUCGACGGAUCUGCUCUUCACCGGUAUGACGGUCGGGACCCUGCCUGGCUGGUGGAUCGGUGUCGAGACGGGUCGCCCGUGGGGACCACUCCUCAACCUCAGCCAGUGGGAUGCUCUCCUGAGGAAGACGGGCUUCGCCGGCCUUGACACGGUGACUCCCGACAUCAGCACGUCUCUGCCUAUGAGCGUCUUCGCGGCACAGGCCGUAAACGACCAGGUCAUGCUACUGCGCGAGCCGCUUGCGGCCAAGGAGCGACCUGCAGACGUGAAGAACGACGGGUUGGCUAUCAUUGGGGGCGUCACCUGGCCGGUCUACAAAUUGGGUCGUGAAGUCUGUGACGUCCUGGAUCACCGGUGGCACAAUAAGCAAUUUUUCGACACCAUCCAGGACUUUGUCUCGUCCCCCAUGGCCCAAGCCGUCUCCACUACCGGGUUGGUCUCGGUUCUGUGUCUAACCGACCUGGAUCGGCCCUACCUGGAAGACCUCACGGCCGACAAGUUUGCUGCUCUCCAGGCCUUGUUCGCAUCAGCCGGCACCUUGGUAUGGGUGACUCGCGGAUCGACCGAGGAUAGCCCUUUCAGCUACGCGAUGAAGGGAAUCCUGCACACGGUCAAGACCGAGGUGCCCAGCCUCAAUAUCCAGUUGUUCGACUUGGAUCCCACCAUAAGCGAUGGUGGAAUCCAGCAAACCACGGCAACGGACCUGGCUGUCACACUUCUCAGGCAUCACGUCCUCUUCAGUUGGGGUAUUGGCCAGAGCGCAGAUGCGGACCAUGAUACCAUGCUAUGGACGGCCGAGCCAGAGGUCUUCAUCAGAAGCGGGAGACAGCUCAUCACAAGACUCCUCCCCGAUCUCGAAAAGAACGCGCGGUACAAUGCCCGCCGGAGGGAUGUCUGGGCGCCAGUCAACCCGGCCAACGAAAGGGUGGAACUUGUUGCCACGAGCCACGCGAAAGGCAAGGCCUUCGAAGUCCAAAAGGUCUCGCCGCUCAGAUUGUCCAACGCACCCGCGGGUUCUCGCACCGUCAGAGUCACGCAUUCACUGCUCCAGAGCAUCGCCAUUAGUGGUGUUGGCUUCUUGAAACCGACUGCAGGCUUGGAUGCCGUCACUGGCGAGGCAAUCCUUGCGCUUGCUGGCUCCAGCGAAUCUCUCGUUGAGGUUCCAGCGGCCUGGUGCAUCCCUCUGACCGGAGGCACCACUGCAGCUCUUGUCUCGACGCUCCUCUCGAUCGCCGCGGACCUCGUUGCUGAGCACAUACUUUCUCUCACGCCCUACGGCAGCACCCUCGUGGUGCAUGACGCUGAUGCCAACGUGCAAUCCUCCCUGGCAAGCAAGGCCGUCGGCAAGGAGGUGAAUAUCGUAUUCGCAACAUCCCAGCUUCGCAAGGACGAGGCUGGCGUCUCCCACUUCCUCCACCCCAACUUCCCUCGGCACACGGUAAAGUCCGUCAUCCCUGCUUCUGCUGCUGUCUUUGUUAGCUUCUCGCGCGGCGCUGCCUCAGAUGCUGUCCGCGAGACAAUCCUCAAGUUCCUUCCCCCGGGUUGCUUUGCCGUCCGCGAGGAAGCGAUGCUGAGCCACAAGCCUAUCGCCACGUUAACCGCACUCGUCGACCUCACGUCCAUACUCCAAAAGGCCUUGGACGGUGUAUCUGCGCAUGAUAGUGUCAAGCGCAUACCCUCCGUCCCUCUAGCCGAUGUCCCGCACCACACGGCCCUGGGCGAACCGCUGCAGGUAGUCGACUGGACGAGUUCCUCCUCGGUCGCCGCCAAGGUACAGCCGAUCGACUCUGGCCUCCUCUUCCACCCCGACAAGACCUACUUCUUUGCCGGCAUGGCAGGCGACCUUGGGCAGUCCCUGGCAGAAUGGAUGAUCGUCCACGGGGCUCGGUUCAUCGUCCUCACGUCCCGCAACCCCAAGGUCAACCCCCAAUUCACCGCCGACAUGUCCACCCGCUACGGCGCCAACGUCCAACCCAUGUCCGUCGACGUCACCUCUCUCCCCUCCCUGCAAACCGCCCUCUCCACCAUCCGCGCCACCCUGCCCCCCAUCGCCGGCGUGGUGAACGGCGCCAUGAUCCUCGACGACGACCUGCUCGCCAACAUGACUUACACCCAAUUCACGCGGGCCACGACCCCCAAAAUCACCGGCACCAUCCUCCUCGACCAGGUCUUCGGCACCACGCCCCUCGAUUUCUUCAUCGUAGCCUCCAGCAUCGCCUCGGUCAUCGGCUUCGCCGGCCAGAGCAACUACUCGGCGGCCAACGAGUUCAUGACGGGCCUGGUGCGGCAGCGGCGCGCGCGCGGCCUGGUCGGGUCCGCGAUGAGCAUCCCUGGCGUGCUGGGGCUCGGGUAUGCGGCGAACCAGGCCGGGUUUGACUUUGACUACUUCCGCAGUAUUGGGUAUGUGAAUAUUGCGGAGGAGGACUUGCAUCUGUUGUUUGCGGAGGCGGUGCUGUCGGGUCGGGUCGAGGCGGGGGCGGAGGCGGUGGAGGUGGCGAUGGGGGUGGAUUAUUUGCCGGCUAGUGUGCGGGUGCAGGAUGCGCAUAAGAGGGAUGUCCGGUUUGGGCAUUUUGUGGGGAGGGAGGAGGUUGGGGGGGCGGGCGGUGGUGAACAAGCUGGGGCAGGUAAGGCGGGUGUCAAGGUCAAGGUGUUGCUGCAAGCGGCGAAGACCGCGGACGAGGCGUAUGUGGUUAUCAGGGAUGCGUUCGUUGCGCAUCUGAAGAGGAUGCUGAGGCUUGGGGACGAGGGCAAGGUGGAGGAGCAGGUUGCUCUGAUCGAGCAGGGUGUGGAUUCCCUUGUGGCAGUCGACAUUCGGUCGUGGUUCCUCAAGGAGGUGGCCGUGGAUGUGCCAACUCUGAAGGUGCUGGGUGGAGGUUCGGUCGCGGAUCUGGUCACUACCGCCCUCGAAAAGAUGCCGGAUGUUGUGAAGGUUGAAACAGAGCGAGAAGAAACGGCAUCGGUGCCGCAGACCAAAGAGAGCCCUGUGCCGACUCCGUCGCCACAAUCGAGAGGGAGCCCCGUCUUCACCCCGGCCGCGGCGUCAGACGGAUCUGGGUAUGGGUCGGGCGCUACGACGCCGUCUUUGAAGGAGCUGGCGGAUGUUAAGACUCAUGUUAGCGAAAUCACUGAGGAGAGGCUACUAGCGGCUUGAAAUCGGUGGUUAGGAAGUGUAUAGCGUGCUGGAUCUCUC